UCUCGUAGAAAGUCAGUGAAUUACAAACAACUGGAAAGAUCAACUGAGGUUAAAACACGUCACCAAAGAUCAAUGCAUUUUGAGUAAACAGCUGUAAAAGAUCUGUUAUUAUUUUCCUAAUGUUCACAAAGUGAAUGACUGGCGGAAUUUACAAAUGUUGAUUUACAAAGAUUACUAUGUGUUCAGGAAAUUUAACCCACAUUGGAGAAACGUGGACUUUAUGUUAACCUAACCUCUAUUUUCAACAAAAAAAAAGUUUUAGAAUCGAAAAAUGAUGUCGAACGGUGUACAAAGUCAUACGACAGAAGAUAAGGAAACUGCUUCAAAAAGCAGUUUUUCAUCGACAAAUUCAACAUUAAAUUCGCCAUUAAUGAAGCUAUCAUCAUAUUUUCUGGCGGUUCGACCCUGGUCAUUGAGCGCAUCAUUAAUGCCAACACUAUUGGGUUCGGCACUCGCCUAUCGAACAACGGGAAUAACAAGUUUUAGCUGGAUUUCCUUUGUCCUAACACUCUAUACAAUAAUAUCAGUUCACGGCGCUGGUAACGUUGUAAACACAUAUUUCGACUAUAUAAAAGGUGUGGAUAGUCGUAAAAGUGAUGACAGAAUAUUAGUUGAUCAAUUGCUCUCAAAAGAUGAAUUGGUAUCAUUGGGAGCUUUACUUUAUGCGGCAGGAUGUUUAGGUUUUGUUUUAUUAACAACCAUAUCGCCUGCAAAAAUGGAGCAUCUUGCUCUUGUUUAUUUCGGUGGUCUUUCAUCGUCAUUCUUAUAUACAGGUGGAAUUGGCCUUAAGUAUAUUGCACUUGGGGACGUAAUUAUUUUAGUAAUAUUCGGUCCAAUAUCGGUACUAUUUGCUUAUAUGGCACAAACUGGAUUUAUUGCCUGGGAAACAAUUUAUUUUGCCGUUCCACUUGCGUUAAAUACAGAGGCUAUUUUACAUAGCAACAAUACAAGAGACUUGGAGAGUGACAAAAAGGCUGGAAUAGUGACACUUGCAAUUUUAAUCGGUCACACGGCAUCGCACGUUUUAUAUGCAUUUUUACUAUUUACGCCGUAUAUUAUAUUCGCAGUUCUUGCUCUGAGAUACUCAAUUUGGUUUCUACUGCCAUUGAUUACAGUACCAACUGCUUUUAAAAUUGAAAAGCAAUUUCGUGAUCAGAGUAUGAUUCAGAGUGUUCCUAAACAAACAGCAAGGCUUAAUAUGUAUCUGGGGAUGCUCUACGUUAUCGCCUGUCUCGCCGCUGAGCCACUUCCUUAUUUAUAAUUGAAAUAAAAAAUACGAACAAAUAAAUUAAAGUGGACAUUGAACAUUUUUUAAAUGGGAAUUAAGUCCUAGGGAGAUUUAGCUACAAGCGGAGUCAGUGGCUUAGGAUUAGAGAAGAAUUUUUAAUUGCUAUCGACAGACUGGUAGAUCUGUAGACAAUGAGAAGUGGUGAUGUUUCUAUUUUACCACUUUCAUCUGCGGAAAUGAAAAAAAAAAACUUUGCUAAUUAUUGUAAGAACUCACUAAUUUUUCGGGAAUGAGAUUUUCAUUUUCGAAUUAUCUCAUGUUUAAGCAUAAAAAAAAAAUUUAUAUAUUUUUUCAGACUAAUUCACACUACAUUUGUAAAGUAAUCUUAUACAAAUAUUUGGCGUUGGGCUUAAAAAAAAUUAUGUAUUCAUUGUAAAAAAAAACAUAAUAAUAGAAGAAUAACCGGACUGCAGUUUUCUAUCGUUAAAUCAAAAGUAGAUUUGUAGAUUUAGUCAAUUCGUAUUAAAAUAAGAUAUAUAUCAAUUUAGAGACUGAUUUAUAAAAAAAAAAAAUUCAGAAAAAAUUUUCAAGUCUUAAUUUAAAAUAAAAUUAAUUUGCUCUCUAACUGCAGAAUUUUAGGUUUUUUCUUCUAUUGAAAAACUUUGUUUAUACAUACAUAUAUAUAUAUAAAAAAUAAAUGGUAAAAAAAAUUGUUAUGUAAUAAAACUAAUUUAAAAAUCUUCAAGAUUAAGCGUUGAGCCUUUACAUGUUACUUAACAAAUGUAAAUGAUAUUUUAUAUAAUUUAUAAGAAUAUCAGGUAUUUCGUUUUAAAAAAUCUUGAUUUCUGUUAUUUAUAAUUAAUUUAUUUACUACUUAAAUAAAAAAAAAAAGUAGGGUUGGCUUUAAAUGGUGCAACAUCAUUUUUUGAAAUAAAAACUAAUUUGCCCUUAUUUUUGACUUAUUCGUUUUAAAAAUAUAGAAAGAAAGAAAAUUUUGACAAUUUUUUUAUUUCUCAAAAUGAAAAUUACAUUGAUUACAUUAACCCUAGUCAUAGUUCUAAGAUCUAUCAAUAAUAUAUCUUAAUUUUAAUGGAUAAAUCAUUCAUCAUAAUUUCUGUUUUACAGUUGUUUUUUUUUUUUUUUUGUUGGUUGAAUUUUUUUUUUAAACCUUACAUUCAUGAUAAUAUGUACAAGAUUUAAAACAGAAGCGAAGAAAUAUUAUAUCGAAUUACAUAUUUAAUGUUGCACACUGCGAAUAAUAAUUCCCUUUUAAGAUGGAAGGGAAAUCGCACAGGAAAAUAUAUACAGCAGUUUUACUGGAAUUGAAAAUGAUUAAUUUUUUUUUAAUUUCUCUAAGAAGUCGUGUUUAAAUUAUAAAUUAAAUUGUAAACAAGGAAUUCUAUGAUUGGUUCAGUUGUGCAAUAAAAUGAACCAAUUUA